CUCAGUGUGAUUAUAUAAUACUGUACUAGUAAAUUCUUUUACUUCCAUGGUGAAUUUAUUUUGCAGUAGGAGGGAAAAGGAUACAUGACACAUAUAGGUUUGACACUUGGGUAUUACAUGCAGAAGUCAAUUUUCUUUUCAUCUGUACGUUUUAUACAUGGGUCAAGAGGUCACUAAGGUUUUAGCAGAUACAGGUUAUUUACUAGUUACUAGGAGUACUCAUUUGCAUAUCAAAGAAAAUUGAUUGACAUGAUAUCCCAGCUUUUACUGGCCAUUCAACUGUUAGGGAUCCCAAAGGGGAUUAAAGAAAGUAAGAAGUUGUGAAGCAAACAGAGCAUGAAGGUAUCUUCUGUAUAAAAAGAAAUCAAUAGCAAUUGUAGCAUUUUUUUCAAUGCACUGUUGCCCAGCUUGACACAUGCAUCACUGAAAACAACGCCCAUUGGUUACAAUGCCCACUUGUCUAGAGUAUACCCUUCGGCUAUAGGACAGGUACCACCUAACCCUUACCUCCCCUAGUCACCCACUGGGUGAACACUCAUUUUCGUGUCCUUCUUACAACCGACAACGUUUAAACUAUGAGAAAGGCGAUCUGCUUGUAGUUUGAGUGUUGAUACAUCGUAGGAGAGUAUAGGACACCAUCUGAGAUGGCUAAAGCACGUUUGACGUGCGUUCCGUUGUGGAUUUCAUGGAUGGUUCUGCUGUCAGUUCUGGAGCCAACAGUUGGACUGGGCGUUGCCGAAGUGCACUGGGACUUAGGCGGUGAUUUUGCCGUUGAUAUCCCUGACUUCAUCUUGCCGAGCGGAGUCAGAGUCAGGUUCAAGAGGAACGUCGCUGCUCCCGCCCUACCACCAACUGAAGCUUCGAAAACAACCUCUGGAUGCACCAACAGUUCCAGGGUCCAGCAGCUAAAGAUCGGAGUGAGACUAAACCUCACCCGCUCCUCCAUCGAUGAAGCGCGAAGAGUGUUCCUGAACGCCACGAGAGAAGGGCGGCUGGGCUCCUUGAAAGUGAAGAACGGAUCCGGGGUCUGGGGCCAGUGUCCGUACCGCCCUCCCUCCAACACAUCGGAGAACCAGCGGAUUCGAGUCGGAGUGCGGCUAAGUCUGGCUACCUCUGCGGUCGGGGAGGCGCAGAGCGUAUUCCAGAACGGGGUAGUGGCAGGUAGACUGGGUUCACUCGACGUGGUGCCGGAGUCUGGAUACUGGGACCAGUGCGUGAGCCAUUCCUACAGGCCACCAUCCGGGCCGCGCAGUCAGCGGGUUCGGGUCGGCGUUCAUUUGAACAUGACUCGGUCCGCUCACGCCGAAGCGCGAGAGCUGUUCCUCAACAACACCAAUGAGGGACGGCUGCGCUCUCUGCGCGUGGUGCCACGGUCCGGGUACUGGAACCAAUGUGGGAAUGUCUCCAUCAUUCCUGAGAAACCAACACAAAGACAGCGCUUACAAAUGGUGGUGAAGUUGACUAUAAAUGACACGACGAUCGACGAGGCACAGAGGUUGUUCCUGAAUAUGACGGAGACAGGGAAGCUUGGCUCGCUGACGGUAGUGCCGGGAUCUGGAUACUGGGACCAGUGUCCGGCUCGUGUGCUCACACCGACUCCCAAACCACUCGGAAGGGUUCUGUUCGGAGUCGAGCUUUCUGUGCCGGUGUUUGCCAUGAACGCGACCCGCCAGGUGUUCGAAGAUCACAUGGAGAACAACGGCACGCUGGGGCGUCUGGCGGUGGCGUCCGACACGGCAGAGUUUGGUGCCUUCCGCAUGUACACUUCAUUCAUCCUGGAGCAGAGGUAUAACGACAGCCUGGACGACCUGACGUCACCGGAGUCUAGAGUUCUCAUUGGCCUUGUGGAAUCUGCGGUAAGGAUGGCGCUUACUCGUGUUAUCGGAGUUCAGUCAGUGGAAUUCUAUGACUUCAGACGAAGUUCAAGCGAGAAGAAACCUGUCAGUAUUGUGGGGCUGACUCUUGGUGCCACCUCGGUCACCUCUGCGGAGCAGGCCAUCUGUUCGUGUGUGCGCGCGGGGGAGAUCGGAAGUCUCACCGUAGACCCCACACACUGCACCUUCGAAGCUGUCCCACCAAGCUGUCGGAACGUGGUGGACUUGGUGUUCCUGGUCGAGUCGUCAGACGCAGUAGGUCAGGACGGCUUCCCCUGGGUCCAGCGUUUCAUCGCGUCAGUGAUGGGUGCCCUAACGAUCGGGCCGGACCACUUCCAGAUAGGGGUGUAUCAGUUCAGCAAUGUCGUCCGUCAGGUCGUUCCUCUUGGUGCCUACUCCGAAAGUGCUGACAUACAGCGGCAAGUCAGGUCCAUGGCUCUGCUCGGAGGCGAAACCAAACUGACCUCGAGCACGAUUUACGUCCUGCAGAACGGGUUCCGGUCAAAAUCCAGAGUGGGCACUCCCAAGGUUCUUGUUCUUUUGGUGAGCGACAAUUUCACCGCCAGCGGAAACAGAAUGGUGGCCCAAAAAGCUGCCCAGAACGGAGUUGCGGUGUUCGGCAUCGGGGUUGGAGGAGGCCCGUUGCGGGGACAGCUGGAGAGAUUGGUAGGAACGACCACAGCCGUCAGCGUCGCUACGAACUUCACGAGACUGAAACAAGUAGAAAAGGGUGUCUUUAACAGUCUCUGUAAUGUUGGCCGCUUCCUGUUCGGCCAGAUUGUCAUCAGAAGCCGAUUCAACGAGACUUUGCGAGACCCAGCUUCCCAGGAGUUUCUCAGCCUGACUGCACAGUUUAAGGAAGGGGUGAGUAAACAGUAA